AUGCAAAUUUUUGUUAAAACUUUAACUGGUAAGACUAUUACCUUAGAAGUCGAGUCAUCUGACACUAUCGACAAUGUCAAGUCUAAAAUCCAAGACAAGGAAGGUAUUCCACCUGACCAACAAAGACUUAUCUUUGCAGGUAAGCAAUUAGAAGAUGGUAGAACUUUGUCUGACUACAACAUUCAAAAGGAAUCUACUCUUCACUUAGUCUUGAGAUUAAGAGGUGGUGGUAAGAAGAGAAAGAAGAAGGUCUACACCACCCCAAAGAAGAUCAAGCACACUCACAAGUCCGUCAAAUUAGCUGUCUUACACUACUACCAAGUUGAUAGUGAAGGUAAGGUCACUAAGUUAAGAACCGAGUGUCCAAAGUGUGGUCCAGGUAUUUUCAUGGCUAACAUGGAAAACAGACAAUACUGUGGUAAGUGUCACACCACCUUAAAGUUAAAAUAA